AUGACUAGGCUUGAUUUUGAUUCUUGUAGAUCAAAUAUGCAACCUCAAUCGAGCCCCCUUAACAUCUCUGUUACAUGGAGGGGAAAAAAAUUUGUUGUAGAGAUGAAUACAGGUGCCAAUGUGAAGGAUCUAGGACAGGAAUUGCAAAAGUUAACAAAUAUCAAUGAAGAUACGAUGCGGUUCAUUGUUCCACAGAUUUCUGGCAAAACGUCAAAAUUGCUGGCCCCAUUUUCUGCGGAGAAUGCACUUUUAAGUCUGCAGGAAGCUUCAAUUACUGAGGCCAGGUCAAUUAUAAUGAUGGGUGUGUCAACAAAUGAGGUUGAAGAGGUUCUUCAAAAUUCAAAAACAGAUUUAAGAAUAGCUGGAUUUGAGGAUGAAGAGAAGAGAAUGAAACAGAGAAUUUCACAUGGAGCUCAUACUUCAUUGAAACUACCACAAGGGCAGUAUAUAUUUUGUGAAUUUCGCACACUUCAAAUUCCAGGAGUAGAGUUGAAUCCCCCCCCUUCCGAGGCACUUAAAAGAAUGCACAUGCUUGCUGCAGAUCCUGGAAUUGUUGCUGUCAUGAACAAGCAUCGAUGGCGUGUUGGAAUUAUGACCGAGAUGGCUCCAGUUGGUUAUGUUGGUGUGGACCCAAAAUGCAUUCUUGGUUUUAACAAGAAUCACGGAGAGGAAAUAUCUUUGCGCCUUCGAACUGAUGACCUCAAAGGAUUCAGGAAAUACGAAAGUAUUAAGAAAACUCUACUGCAUGAACUUGCACACAUGAUAUACUCUGAACAUGAUGUGAACUUUUAUGCUCUGGAUAAGCAGUUAAAUCAAGAAGCGUCUAGUUUAGAUUGGACUAGAUCUGCAAGCUACACUUUGAGUGGAGUAAGGAAUACUGCAACAUAUGAAGACAACGUUAUAGCUGACGGUAGCACUAUUCCUCAGAAGAUUGGAGGUAACAGGACAGAUCAGCUAAUUAGUGCACGAGAAUCUUCAGUUGCUGCUGCUUGCCAUAGGUUGGCUAACGUUUCUGCAAACAAGCUGGGAGGGUCUGAAUUAAAUCAAGAGCUGGAUCUUGAUUAUUCUAGUUAUAGUACAAAUGAACUUAAUGGUGAGCUGGACCCUGACAAUCAUAUUAUCAAUGGAAUGAAGCACGAGCCUGAUCCAGAUGAUUCUCAUCAUGGUCAAGUUUUGCAUUCUGAUACGAGAACUGGGAAUAUGGUAGCAGCAUACACAUCCGUGGAUAAUCCAGAUAAUUUAGAAACAUCAACGGAAUCUAUUGCUCCAAUUAUAGGUAAUUCUUUGAAAAUAAUAUGUAUUGUUAUAUUCGGGCAUAUCCAAGAUGGGCAUUCUGCAAUCAUAAACCUAACAAUGAUUACUUGGAACCAGAAACAACAAUUGGAAACCAUUGGACUCAAGGAUUGA